GCUUUUUCGCUACCGUUUUCUUUCGUCCUGUGGAAAGCAAGACAGACAAGACACCAUUGCGCGUCUAGGCUAGGCUCAGGGCGACGAGAAAAAAAAAGUCUAGAGCUUAGGAUAGCAAGCAGUGAGCGAGAAAUCAACCUCCCGCUUUUCACAUGGUACACAAGCUUUCGCUCCUCUGCGUGACAGACCGCAGGCGGUGAUCGAUCGAGGUGGGAACGACAAUGCUGUUCAACAUGGGGUUCUUCUUUACCAGCCUCCUGCUAGCUACCACGUGUGCUUUCUCGAGCUGCAUGGCCGCGAGCACGGGAUAUCGGUCGUGGAAGCGCGAAAACUUAGAAAACGUGGCGCUCGUAGACUGCACCGGGGUGACGAACACGAGCGACUUCUCGUCCGAGGCCUCGUACUUCACGGGCGCCCCCGACGACACCCCCGACGACGUCGCGGCCGUGACGAGCGGGCAGCUCCGCGACUGGGCGAACGCCACGACGCCGGCGUACUUCAUCAGCACGGGCGUCACGUUCAAGGCCGUGCUGGGGGUGCGUGGGAGCGCGGGGGACCUCGCGGGGACGGCGACGAAUGGGUAUGGGAAUUUCACGUGUUGGCAGGUGAACGAGACGUAUUUGUAUAAUCAUGACGAUAAGAACUGCUAUAUGGUGUACGACUGUAAUCAUCAAGGAGCUCUCGUCCUACCAACAACAUCAGCAACCGCCUCUUCCAACUCCACAUCCGCCGCUUCCUCAACCAGCCGCUCCGGCCUCUCCGUGGGCGGCAUAAUCGGCGUCAGCGUCGGCGUCGGCUGCGGCGCCCUCAUCAUCUUCGGCGGCGCCGCCGUCCUCCUGUGGCGGCGCCGGGGCUCCAAGAAGCAGCAAGCCGCGGGCGCCGACGCCGACGCCAACGCCGACAACGAGAAGGGCUUCGGCGACGGGUCUGCCCCCGGCAAUGAUCCGCAGCUGGCGAACCCGAUAUGGCAGGGCCCCGGGGUGCGGGAGCUCGAGACGCCGGAGGUGUACCACGAGCUGCACAGCCAGUACCAGCCCGCGGAGAUCCACGGCGAGGCGGUCACGGGCGAGCUGGAUGGGAGUCAGACGAGGGUGCUGGAGCUGCAUUCGCAGGACAUGCCGCCGCGGUAUGACAGGGAGAGCUAUGCUGCGGCGCACGGGGCGUAUGGGGGUGUGCCGAAGGGGAGGGCUUGAGUUGGGCCGGUUGGUGGGAUGAGGAGACUGGCCUAGGCUAGGUAUCUAUUCGACUUGAUACCUCUAAGUCAAUGGGAAACAGUGGAAGGAGAGCAAGUUCAGCUUGUGAGGAUCAUGAGACAGCCGAGAAUAGCUCAGAGGUGGGUUUAUACGAAGGCUC